AUGUUUGGAGUUCUUGUCUUCUCGGGUCCGUUGGAUUUGGUGGCUAGACUUGUUUCCUUGAUGAGACAGCUCGAAGAAGCAGCUCAAAGACAAGGCGAAGAAGCAGCUCAAAGACAAGGCGAAGAAGCACCUCUUGGAUCUGAAACACCAUAUGCUGAUGAUGUUGGAACUGGUCGUUCGGCUUUGACUCAACUUGAUGAGGACGAGCUGUUCUGGCAGUCAUGCCGUGUUUUUGGUGUUGGUGAACAACAGCCCAUACGUGACCGAGGUGAGAGUUCUACAAUGGCAACAACAAGAUUCACCCUCGAGUGCCAAGUCCUAGUAUUGGAGUAG